AAUCAAUUUUUUCUUUGAGAUCUUACGAAACAUUUUGAAGUUGAAAAUUACUUGAAAAUCAUCGAAAUCAGCUCAAUUUCUAUGUUGAGAGCCUGUGCAGGUCAAUUGGUUAAUGUGAUGCGCGGAUCAUUUGGCGUUUCGCGUCUUGGAGCUAUCGGCGCUAUCCGUAAUUCCUCACAUUCAACAGAAACAGAUUCUGAGUUUGAUGCUCGUUACGAGGCAUAUUUCAAUCGAGCAGACAUUGAUGGAUGGGAGGCUCGUAAAGCAAUGAAUGAUUUAUUGGGCAUGGAUUUGAUUCCUGAACCAAAAAUUGUCAUCGCUGCAUUAAAAGCUUGUCGUCGUCUUAAUGAUUAUGCUCUUGCCAUCAGAUGGCUUGAGGGUGUUGGUGAUAGUUGUGGUGACAAAAAGAAGGAAAUCUGGCCAUAUAUGCUCCAGGAAAUUCGUCCAACACUCAACGAAUUGGGGAUGGAAACACCAGAAGAGUUGGGAUAUGAUCAACCCGAACUCGCUUUGAAAUCAGUUUUCGAGAUGUAA